AUGCUUCGGCAGAGCUUGGCUGUAAUCGUUGCGUACGUACUGUGUGGAUUUGGUGUGGCGUCUGGGGCCGAUCAGCCUUGGGUGACUUACAAAGGGGGCGAAGGACCGGGGGCCGGCAAGCACGUGGUGCUGGUCAGCGGCGAUGAAGAGUAUCGCUCGGAAGAAGGUUUGCCGCAGUUGGGCAAGAUCCUCGCCGCGCGACAUGGAUUCGAUUGCACCGUGGUGUUCCCCAUCGAUCCGGACACCGGCGAGAUCAAUCCCAACCGGGGUGACAACAUCCCGGGCAUCGAGGCGCUCGACGACGCUGACCUGAUGAUCAUCCUCACCCGGUUUCGUCAUUUGCCCGACGAGCAGAUGAAGCACGUCGACGCGUACCUUCGUGCGGGCAAGCCGGUGAUCGGCAUGCGAACCGCCACGCAUGGCUUCAACACCAAAGACCCCGAUUGGGCCCACUACAGCAACGGCUACGGUGGUGAGAAAAAAGAGUGGAAGGGUGGCUUCGGCCGAUUGGUACUCGGCGAGAUGUGGAUCAGCCAUCACGGGCACCACAAGAAAGAGUCGACCCGGGGAAUCAUCGUCGAGGGCGAAGAGGAUAACCCGAUUGUUCGCGGUAUCGAACCGGGUGCGAUUUGGGGCGAUACCGACGUCUACGGUGUGCGGCUUCCCUUGCCGGGCGACAGUCAACCAAUCGUGCUGGGCCAGGUUCUCACGGGCAUGAACCCCGACGAUCCUCCGGUGAAAGGGGCGAACAACGACCCCAUGAUGCCGGUGGCGUGGACCAAGAGCUAUCAACUACCCGGCGGGGAAAAGGGACAAGCCUUCAAUACCACCAUGGGUGCGGCGACCGAUCUCGAGGCCGAAGGCACCCGGCAGAUGUUAGUCAACGCGGUGUAUUGGAUUCUGGGGAUGGAAGAUCAGAUCCCGGCCUCUGGAACCGACGUGGCGUUGGUCGGCGACUACGACCCUUCUGACUAUGGGUUCAACGGUUUCAAGAAGGGCGUGAAGCCGAGCGAGCAUGCGUUCGACACGACGAAUGUUAAGGCUGCCUCGGGCGGGGCUGCGAAAGCUUCUUUCUCGCUCAACAAAGGCGACCACAUCAGCAUCAUUGGCAACACGCUGGGCGAGCGGAUGCAGCACGAUGGGUGGUUGGAGACGUUCCUGCAGCAUCGCUUCCCCGAGCACGAACUGGUGCUGCGGAACAUGGCCUUCUCGGCCGAUGAACUUACCGUGCGGCAACGCUCCGAUGGGUUCGGCUCGCCCGACGAAUGGCUGGGCAAGAACGAAACCGACGUCGUGUUCGCGUUCUGGGGUUUCAACGAGUCGUUCGCUGGUGCCGAUGGGCUGGAGAAGUUCAAGCAGGACCUGGCCGAGUUCAUCAAGCACACCCGUGAGCAGAAGUACAACGGAGAGUCGGCCCCAAGGAUCGUGCUGUUCACACCCAUCGCGUUCGAGAAUCUGAAUACGCCGAACCUGCCUGAUGGCAGCGAAGCGAAUAAGAACAUCGCACUCUAUGCCCAGGCGAUGCGGGAGGUAGCAAACGAGCACGACGUGACGCUGGUCGAUUUGCUUCCGAUCAGUGAACAACUGCUCGAAGAGUCAGACGCCCCGCUGACGAUCAACGGAAUUCACCUGAAUGAAGAGGGGAACCGGCUGAUUGGUCAGGCGAUUGACGAAGCGCUCUUUGGCGAAGCACCGGCCGUGGAAGAUUCGGCGCGGCUGGAAGCGAUUCGUCAGGCGGUGUUGGACAAGAACUUCUACUGGUACCACCGCUAUCGGGCGACCGAUGGGUAUUCGAGCUUCGGUGGGCGUUCGUACCUGAAGUUUGUCGACGACCAGACCAACCGCGAGGUGAUGCUGCGUGAGUUGGCCAUCAUCGUGCAGUUGGCCGACAACCGCGACCCGGUGAUUUGGGCCGCCGCCCAGGGCGAAGAGAUCGACAUCGAUCUCGACAAGACCGAAGACUUCAUUCCGGUGAAGACCAAUAAGCCGGGCGAGGGCCCCAAUGGCGAGCACAUCUACCUGGGUGGCGAAGAGGCCAUCGAGAAGAUGACCGUGGCCGACGGGAUGCAGGUGAACCUGUUCGCCUCGGAAGAGAUGUUCCCCGAGUUGAUCAACCCGGUGCAAAUGGCUUUCGACACCGAGGGCCAACUGUGGGUCGCCACCUGGCCCAGCUAUCCGCACUGGAAGCCGAAGACAGAAAUGAACGACCGGCUGCUGAUUUUGAAAGACACCGACGGCGAUGGCAAAGCCGACCGUUGCGAUACGUUCGCCGACGGAUUGCACAACCCCACCGGUUUCGAGUUUUGGAACGGUGGCGUUCUCGUGGCGAUGGCUCCCGACUUGUUGUUCUUGAAAGACACCAACGGCGACGGCAAGGCCGACCUGCGGAAGCGGGUCCUUCACGGGCUCGAUUCGGCCGACACCCACCACACGGCCAACAGCUUCACGUUCGAUCCCGGCGGGUCGCUGUACUUCCAGGAAGGCGUGUUCCACCGCACACAGGUUGAAACGCCUUAUGGGCCCUUGCGAAACCGAGACGCCUGCGUGUGGCGGUUCAAUCCCCGCACGUAUAACUUGCAGCGAUACGCCUCCUACGGGUUUGCCAACCCGCACGGGCACGUAUUCGACGGCUGGGGCGAAGACAUCAUUCACGACGGAACCGGCGCUCAGGCCUAUCCGGGUGCGGCCAUCUCGGGCCACCUCGAAUUUCCGGACAAGCAUCCGGGCGCCCCACAGGUGUAUCGGCAACGAACGCGACCUUGCCCGGCGACUGAGAUCCUCUCCAGCAAGCACUUCCCCAAAGAGAACCAGGGCAACCUGCUGGUGGGCAACGUGAUCGGCUUCCAGGGCAUUCUGCAAUACAAGCUCGACGAGAGCCAAGCUUGCUUGACGGGUGAGGAAGUGGAACCGAUCGUGUUCUCGUCCGAUCCCAACUUCCGCCCGGCUGAUAUUGAAGUGGGUUCCGACGGGGCAUUGUACUUCACCGAUUGGCAGAACCCGGUGAUCGGCCAUAUGCAACACAACCUGCGAGACCCCAGCCGCGAUCAAACCCACGGCCGCGUGUACCGCGUGACGUGCAAGGAUCGCCCGUUGACCAAGGUGGCCAAGAUUGCCGGCGAGCCGAUUCCCGCGCUGCUGGAGUUGUUGAAAGACAGCGACAAUCGCGUUCGCUAUCGCACUCGCAUUGAACUGAGUGGUCGCGAUACCGACGAAGUGAUUGCGGCCGUGAACGAAUGGGUAGCAUCGCUGGGCGACGAUCCGGCGAACGAGCACCAUCUGCUCGAAGCCCUGUGGGUGCAGCAACAUCACAACGUGGUAAACGAGUCGCUGCUGCUGCGGUUGCUCAGCGCCGAAGACUUCCGCGCCCGGGCUGCCGCCACGCGGGUGUUGUGCGACUGGCGCGAUCGCGUGCCCAGCUCGCUGGAGUUGCUGCGAACGCUGGCCGCCGACGAGAACCCUCGCGUGCGACUCGAAGCGGUCCGUGCGGCCAGUUUCUUCACCGCGCCCGAGACGGUUGAAGUCGCGAUCAUCGCCGACGAACAGCCCAGCGACCAAUUCCUACGGUACGUGCAACGCGAGACAAUGCGGACGCUGGAGCCGAUUUUCCAACGGGCCCUUGAUUCCAAUCAGCCCAUCGCCAUGACCACCGAGGCCGGCAAGCGUUACCUGGUUGAGAAACUCACGCUCGAUCAAUUGCUGGCUCGUGAACGGACCCCGAUUGAAUAUCGCGAGUUGCUACAUCGCCCCGGCGUGCAGGUCGAUUUGCGAAAGGAAGCGCUGGCCGGUCUGGCCGCCGCGGAGAAUCGCGACGAGUUGUCGAUGCUAUUGGAGUUGAUUCACGAACUGGACGAACAAGACGAUGUCGACCAGACCGUGGUGGUCGAUUUGGUGCACCUGUUGGCGAUGCGACCGACCGACGAGUUGGCCCGCUCCCGCGACGAAAUGCAGCGGUUGGCCACGAACGCUCAGAAUCGCGUGCUCCGCGAAAUUGCCUUCGCCACGAUGAUUGAAGUCGAUGGCUCGAUCGACGAGGCCUGGAACCUGGCGAUUCAGUCGGUGCCGGGUGUCUACGACCUGGUGAAUGCCACGCCGUGGGUAUCGAACCCCGCACUUCGCGCCCAGUUGUACCCCAAGCUUGAACCGUUACUGGAAAAGUUGCCCGGGUUACUCUCGGCCGUAUCGAACGUGGGCGAUGGCCCGAUGGGGCGAUUCGUACGGAUUGAACUUCCCCGCGAUGGCACCCUGACGCUGGCCGAAGUGGAAGUGUAUAGCGACGACCAAAACAUUGCCCGCAAGGGCAGGGCGUCGCAGAAGAACACCUCCAACGGCGGCGAAGCCUCGCGGGCGAUCGACGGGAGGACCGACGGUUCGUACGGCUCUGGCACGCAAACCCACACGAAGGAAAACACCUCGAACCCCUGGUGGCAGGUCGACCUGGGUGAGGAGUACCCCAUCGACCGCGUGGUGGUGUUCAACCGCACCGAAGGUUCGUUGGGCGAACGCAUAGAAGGCUUCACGCUGAGGGUGCUCGAUCAACGUCGCGAUGAAGUCUAUCGCCAGGAAGGUAUCGCAGCCCCCAAAGUGAAGGCCGAGUUGGAACUCGAAGGCGGCGGUUCCGCCUCGCGGGUGCGUCGCGCGGCGAUGGCCGCCAUGACGCACGUGCGGGGGCAAGAGACCGCCACGUUCCAUACGCUGGCCAGUUUCAUUCUCGAUCAGGUGAACAGCCGUAGCGAAAGCGGAGGGUUUUCGGCCGAUGCGUUGGCCGCCGUGCGAGCCAUCCAGCGGAUCGAUCCUCAGUACUGGGGCGCCGAACAUGCCGAGCCGCUACUGGCGGUGAUGAUCGAACAGGUGCGAAACACCCCGGCCGAAGACCGCACUUCGGCGGCCACGCUCGACGUGAUGGAGUUGGCCGACAACCUGGCGUCGCUACUGCCGGUGGAGCAAGCCCGCAGUGUUCGCAGCGAGUUGCGCGACUUGGGCGUACGCGUGAUUCGCAUCGGUACCUUGCCCGAGCGGAUGUCGUACGACAAGGAGAUGAUCGCCGUGGCCGCCGGGAAGCCGGUCGAGUUCGUGUUCCAAAACGACGACCUCAUGCCACACAACCUGGUCAUCACGCAGCCGGGGGCUUUGGAAGAAGUCGGCAUGUUGGCCGAGUCCACAGCCCAAGACCCUGGAGCGUUGGCUCGACAGUACAUUCCCCCGUCUGACAAGUUGCUGUUAACCAGUCAGUUGCUACACGCGGGCCAAACCCAGAAGCUCAGCUUCACGGCUCCCAGCGAGCCGGGGGUUUAUCCGUAUGUGUGCACCUACCCCGGUCACUGGCGGCGGAUGUACGGGGCUCUGUACGUGGUGGCCGAUCUCGAUGCGUACCUGGCCUCGCCGGAGGAGUACCUCGAAGCGAACCCGCUGCCGAUCAAAGACGAAUUGCUGAAGGAUCACCGUCCGCGAACCGAGUGGAAGUUCGACGACCUGGCGGCCGUGGUCGGUGGGUUGAGCGAAGGCCGCUCGGCCGGGAAUGCCCAACAGAUGUUCAAGGCUGCCAACUGCGUGUCGUGCCACCGCCUCAACGAGACGGGUCAGGAGAUCGGGCCCGACCUGUCGAAGCUCGAUGCGAAGUACCAGCCGCUCGAUAUUCUUCGCGAGUUGCUGGAGCCUUCGGCCAAGAUCAAUGAGAAUUAUCAAACCUGGACGUUCAUCACCGACGCCGGUGAAGUCGUCACCGGGUUGGUGCUCGAAGAGACGGCCACCACGGUGAAGGUGAUCGAGAACCCGUUGAGCAAGGCCGACCCCGUGGUGCUCGACAAGUCGGAGAUCGACGAACGGGAGAAGUCGAACGUGUCGAUCAUGCCCAAGGGUCUGCUCGACAAGCUGAACCAGGACGAGAUUCUCGACCUGAUCGCCUACAUCGCCGCGAACACGCAGGGCACCACCAUGGCGGCAAGUAACGCAGAGGACUUUGCCGGCGAGGAAGAUAAAACCGAACCCGUCGCUGCGGUUCACAACAACCGUGGCGAACGUUUCAGCAAGUUCGUUUUAAUCUUCCUGCUGGCGUGGCUGGCUUUGGCGUACUUGCUACUCCCCAUGGCGUGGAAAGAGUAUGCCCAUCACCGCCCUUCGUUCGACAACAACCCACGGAUUACCCACACCGGCGACCAUCACCCGGGCGAUCCGUUGAACGUGGCGUUUGUCGGCACGCAGGCCCAACUCGAGCAGGCCAUGCAGGCGGCCAAGUGGUAUCCGGCGGCCGCGCUGGGGUUGCGCAGCGAUUUGAAGAUCGCGGCCGAUUCGGUUCUCUCGCGGCCCGACGAUGAAGCGCCCGUGAGCAGCCUUUACCUGUUCGGGCGGAAAGAAGACCUGGCGUUCGAACAGCCCGUGGGCGACAACCCCCGCCAUCGCCAUCAUGUGCGGUUAUGGAAGACGCCCAAGCAGUCCGCAGACGGCAGCCCGCAGUGGAUCGGUUCGGCGGUGUACGACGAACGCGUCGGCCUGAGCCGCACCACCGGCCAAAUCACCCACGUGACGGCCCCCGAUGUCGAUACCGAACGCGACUACCUCUUCGCCUGCCUCGAAAAGACCGGUGACAUCACGGACCACUACGUCAUCCCCGACUUCCACAAGAAACUAGAAGGCCGCAACGGCGGCGGCGACUUGUGGCGCACCGACGGAAGUUUGUACGUGGGGGUAUUUGGGGCAGGGGACACACCGAAGUAG